AUGCCUCCUAAGCGGAAGGCUGUGGACGGUGCACGCGUUGGGAGAGCAUCGAAGCGUGCCACGCCUGCACCCGUUUCCACUCCGCGAAGCAUUCUUAGUGAUGAUGACUAUUCUGACUCCGGGAUGCGAGAUUCGGAUGGAGACGGAAGUACCUUGAAGAAAGUUGUGGAGAAGUUCUCGCUUCAGUCUUUCAGCCGAGACAAAAAAUCUCAGGUGCAAAGGCACGACCCUCACUUCGGCUACAAGGAUUUUUCAUCGCUGCCAUUAAAGCCGGACAAUGCAAAUAGGCCGCUUUGGAUCGAACCGCUGAAGGGAACAAUCACCCUGGAGAGCUUUUCUCCAUUGGCAUCUCAGGCGCAAGAUUUUUUAACUACCAUAGCUGAACCACUCUCUCGUCCCACACACCUGCACGAAUAUAGAUUAACAGGAAAUAGCCUCUAUGCUGCCGUCUCGGUAGGACUCCUGCCUGCAGAUAUCAUCAAUUUCUUAGAUCGACUUUCUAAAACACCGCUUCCGGAGACGAUCAAACAAUUUAUUGUAAAUUUCACAAAAUCUUAUGGGAAAAUUAAGGUCGUACUCAAACAUAAUCGCUUUUUCGUCGAAAGCUCCGACCCGGCAAUGUUACAGAUGCUAUUGCAAGAUGAAGUGAUUGGUUCUCAGAGGUUAGAAAACUCGGGCGGCAUUAUCCAACAAGCUGCCCCCAAAAUGGGUGGAUUGGUCAUCCCAGGCACAAAAGAUGCUGCAGGUGUUAAACAAAAUCCCGAUCAGAAGCCGGCCGAAAAUGGAGAAGGCACUGCCGCUCCGCCGAAAGAUGACGAUCUCCUGGUCACGUUGAGAGAAGAAGAUGACGAUGAGGAUGAUCAGGCGCAAGUUCAUAGUUUUGAGAUUCCCAAUACAAGUGUUGAGGCUGUUAAGGCGCGCUGUCAGAGCAUGGGUUGUCCAGCGUUGGAAGAGUACGAUUUCCGCAACGAUGAAAUCAACCCUACGUUAGAUAUUGACCUCAAGCCAAACGCUCAAAUCCGAAGCUAUCAGGAAAAAAGUUUGAGUAAAAUGUUCGGAAAUGGCCGAGCAAAGAGUGGCAUUAUUGUGUUACCUUGCGGGGCGGGGAAGACACUUGUUGGGAUUACUGCCGCCUGUACCAUUAAAAAGGGAACUAUCGUGCUCUGUACAAGCUCCAUGUCUGUUGUUCAAUGGCGAAAUGAAUUUUUACGAUGGUCAAAUAUCGAUCCAAACGAUAUUGCCAUUUUCACCUCUGACAACAAAGAGAGAUUUCGGAGAAGCACUGGUAUCAUUGUCUCCACAUACUCAAUGGUCUCACAAACACGCGCGAGAUCCCAUGACGCAGAAAAAAUGAUGGAUUGGAUGCAAUCACGAGAAUGGGGUCUGAUGAUUUUGGACGAAGUCCAUGUCGUCCCUGCUUCUAUGUUUCGAAAAGUCACCUCCGCCAUCGCAACUCAGACAAAGCUUGGGCUAACGGCGACACUGCUUCGAGAAGAUGACAAAAUCAAGGAUCUAAACUUUCUUAUCGGACCUAAGCUUUAUGAAGCUAACUGGAUGGAGCUUGCUGAGCAGGGGCACAUUGCGAAAGUCCAAUGUGCUGAGGUCUGGUGUCCGAUGACCACAGAAUUCUAUACUGAAUACAUGCGUGAAAAGUCGAGGAAGGCUGCCCUCCUCUACAUUAUGAAUCCGAGGAAAUUCCAGGCCUGCCAAUUCUUGAUUGACUACCAUGAAAAACGUGGUGAUAAGGUUAUUGUCUUUUCCGACAACGUAUAUGCCUUGGAACGGUAUGCUUUGAAACUGAACAAGGCAUAUAUUUAUGGAGGUACGCCGCAAAACGAGCGGUUGAGAAUCCUGGAAAAUUUUCAACACAAUGAACAAGUGAACACCAUUUUUCUUUCAAAGAUUGGUGACACUUCUCUGGAUCUCCCAGAGGCAACGUGUCUGAUUCAAAUUUCGUCUCAUUACGGUUCUCGACGUCAAGAAGCCCAGAGGCUAGGCCGGAUUCUCCGGGCCAAACGCAGAAACGAUGAAGGCUUCAAUGCCUUUUUCUAUUCAUUAGUUUCUAAAGAUACGGAUGAGAUGUACUAUUCUUCCAAAAGGCAAGCAUUUUUAGUGGACCAAGGUUACGCGUUCAAAGUUAUAACCCACCUUCAGGGAAUUGAAAACCUGGAAGGUCUUGCGUAUGCAACUCCAGUGGAACGCCGUGAAUUGUUACAGGAAGUUAUGUUGCAGAACGAAACGUCUGCGGCCGUUGAAGAGGUCGUUGAUGAUCUAUUCAGCGAACGAUCUGGUGGCCUGAGGUCGAAGGCUGCAAAAAAGAGUGUAGUGAAACGCAGUGCUGCCACACUGAGUGGACUUGCUGGUGGCGAGGAUAUGGCCUAUGUUGAGCACAACAAGAGCCGGAAUAAGCAAUUGAAAGAUAAAGUUAGCCACCAUCCCCUUUUCAGGAAGUUUGAAAGGGAGAGGCAAAAGCGGAAGAAGCUCUUACAAGACGACUAG